UCCCGUCCGGGACCUCGUCACCCCCUCCCGCCCCCACUGCGACCCCUGCUCCGACCCUGGGCCUGGCCGACGGUCGCGCUCCAGAACUUGUUGAUGGUCUCCAGGAAGAUUAUUAUAAUCUAUGUAUGGAAAAGUCCCAGAAAAUUAAUCCUUUUAUAUUGCAUGUACUCCAAGAAGUGGAUGAAGAAAUUAAAAAGGGAUUGGAAGGAAUCACAUUAAACAUUGCUGGUAACAGUCGCUUAAUGCCAGUAGAAAGAGUAACAGGUGAAGAUUUUUGGAUUCUUGCCAGAAUUUUAAAGAAGACGCCAUACAUUAGUGGUUUGGAUGUUAGAUAUAACUGCAUAAGUGACGUUGGCGCAUACUAUGCUGCAAAACUGCUUCAGAAACAACAUAAUCUCAUUUACUUAAACCUUAUGUUCAAUGAUAUUGGUCCUGAAGGUGGAGAAUUGAUUGCUAAAGCACUACAUAAGAAUAAAAUUCUGAAGUACCUACGAAUGACUGGAAACAAGAUUGAAAAUAAAGGUGGCAUGUUGUUUGCUGCAAUGCUACAAAUUAAUUCAUCCUUAGAGAAAUUAGAUCUGGGUGACUGUGAUCUGGGAAUGCAGAGUGUGAUAGCAUUUGCUACAGUCCUAACUCAGAACCAAACAAUUAAGGGAAUAAACCUAAACCGACCUAUACUAUAUGGUGAACAGGAAGAGUCCACAGUUCACAUAGGCCACAUGUUGAAGGAAAAUCACUGCCUUGUUGAACUACACAUGUGUAAGCAUCAUAUAAAAAAUUGUGGUAUUAAACAGUUAUGUGAUGCACUGUAUCUGAACAGGAGCCUACGCUACCUUGAUGUCAGCUGCAAUAAAAUAACUCGUGAUGGAAUGGUGUAUUUGGCUGAUGUACUGAAAAGCAAUACUACCCUGGAAGUAAUAGAUCUUUCUUUUAACAGAAUAGAAGAUGCAGGAGCAAACUAUCUCAGUGAAACUCUUGCUUCACACAACAGGAGUCUUAAAGCGCUGUCAGUGGUCAGCAACAACAUAGAGGGAGGAGGACUUGUUGCACUUUCACAAUCAAUGAAAACAAAUCCCACUCUCUCUAACAUCUACAUUUGGGGAAACAAAUUUGAUGAGGCUACGUGUGUGGCAUAUUCUGACUUAAUUCAAAUAGGCCGUCUAAAACCAGACAACACAGAUGUGGAGCCAUUUGUUGUGGAUGGACGUCUGUAUCUUGCAGAAGUCUCCAAUGGCCUUAAAAAGCAUUAUUACUGGAGACCAACUGAUGGAGAAGCUUGCAGCCACUCAUCUAAUGCAGGUUUUACUCUUGUACCAGUCGGUCAACAUAUAUGAAAAACAAGCUCUAAAAUAAUUUUCACAUAUUUAUCUUAUUACUUUCACAGAGAUUAAUAUUUGAUUGCCUGUUAAAUUUUUCUUUCAUAAAUUAGAACAAGUUACUUUUGUCAGAUGUGUUAAAAACUGAGUAAUUUUUUCAAAGAAAUUUCACAAAACAGAGACUAAAAUUGCAACCCUAAAGAAAGAAAUCAAGGAACUAAACUUAUUUCUUUCUAUAAAGAAAAUAUAAUAAUCAAGUAGUAAAAAUAGCAUACAAGGAAAAAGGUAUUAUCAUUAUAGGUAUUCUAACUGAAAGUUGUCAUGAAGUGGUAAAAAAGUUUCAGGUGGCAGAUUCCCAGGGAAUUUCAAGGGGUUUAGAGGUUGAAAAAGUAAAGUAUUUUAUGUAUCUUAUUUAGAUAUUACAGAUGAGUGUUGAUACAAUUUCAAAAAUACAGACAAAUAUAUAUAAACAUACACAUAAUCAAACACAUAUAAACAUAUACUUUCCAAACAAGUCAGUGCUGCCAGUGAACUUUUUAAGAUAGUUCUCUCUUUUAGGGGAUGCCAGUAACAUUUUAAUGAUUUGAUGGCAAAUAAUUAGUUGUCCGUGGCCAAUCUUGUUUUCAAAUUAAGAUUCCUAUAAAGAGGGCAAUUGAACUAUGAUCCUUUGAUUACAGACCUAUAUUCACAAAUUUAUUAAUUCAUAUGUACUCAGAAGAGGCUACUUGAUCUGAAUGAUUUAUUACUGUUCAAGCCAGGCAAAAUGGGAAAAAAAAAUACGUAGACAGUUUUAAAAAGGUAAAUUUAAAUUAAGCUGAGGUUCUAUAGUCUAAAAGAAAAUAGCAUUCAUCUCUAAACAUUGUGAGUGAGAUGGUGGAAUAAAGGUGGUGGUCAACUUUACAGCUGUCUAAGUGUUGGCCUUCACUUAAAGUACUGUGAAUUCCUCAAAUCACAGCUGGAUUUAGUCCAAAAAUUUAACACUGCAAAAAAAAAAACCCACAACACACACACCUGCCACUGCCCAUUCCUUCAGUAAACAAUUAAGAUAAAUAUCCCCUACUCACUAUUUAAUGAUUUUUCAUGUUUAACAGGUCUUUCCUUAUAUUCAGCACCUAAUCCCACCUUUCCAUACUCUGGGUGGUGGGGGAGAGUGGGCAUGGACAGUGGUGGUGGUCAUGAAAUGGGAAGAACAUCUAAAUAAACUGUAUGAGGCACUAUUUUCACUUAAUGUUAUAGUCAUUGAGCCAGAAGAGACCUAAAUGCCUUACCAAAUCCACUCUCAACGCUUUCAGAGAGAUGAAUUUGAAUCAUCCAGAACAGAUGGCUGCUAUCAGGUUGAGUUUGUGCUGAAAAACAAAAUCUUAAAACAUCUGGAAUUGGUUGAAAAAUACACACUCAAGAGUUCAUGUUAAUAACAAAACACGUGAAAUGGAUUUCAGGCUUUUUUUUUUACAUAAAUAUUGUUUAUAUGUUCUAUUAAAGAAUACCACAAUCUGGUAAUGGAAUUUUAGAAAUAAAAUGACCUUCCAUUGAUGCAAAAAAUACUUACUGAAGGUUUGCUGUCAACAGAUGUUUACACUGGAACCGACAAAACUGUAUAGCUCACAGAAUUCUACAAGUGACUUUAUAUGUAUCCUGACACACUGAUUGGUUUUACUAGUUAAUGAUUUGACUCUUAGUUAUUAGGUUUUAACAAGCCUUACUCGGCAAUGUUCUUUUCUACAUGUUUCAAAUCUUAUUUUGCUUCCAUUUUAAGAUCUCUCCUCUGCAGAUAAAGACUAGUUUUUUUUUUUUUUUACAAAGUUCUUUUACAUUAUUACAUGAGGAAUAUAGCUAGAACUAAAUAUCUGUAUCUAAAAAAGCUAUUAUGUCCCAGGAAAAUCAAAUGUCUCUGUAUUGUUAAAAAUGCAACAGGAAAUGAAUAAAAUUUUUUGUCUUUUAAUCAAAUUUGAAAAACUGCACAAUUCAAUAGAUUCAAUAAAGCCACGCUAUAAGAAUAAAUAUGAACAUUUUAAACAACUGUCACUACAUCUGGAAAACAUUAAGCUGGUGAUGAAAUGCUACUCCUAGCAACUAGAGAUCAAAUCAACUCAUACUUGAAUUUAAAUUGACAAAUUUCUUACACGUGAACCCACAGAUGCUAAAUCAGCAUUUUUUAAAGUGUGAAGCAUCAGAAUCACCUAGGGCAAGUGUUAAAAAUACAGAUUCUUAGAGUCAGACCUAGUGAAUCAAAAUGUCUGAGGACAGCCUGGGGAAUCUGCGUUUUUACAACCUAGGUCAUCUUUAAUCUCAUUAAAAUUUAAGAACCAAU